ACAGUAACAAAAUGGGCGGCCGAUAAUCCUUGUCGCUUCUUCUAAGUAGUUUUUUCCCUCGUAUUUGUAGUGUAAAAAGCCUGUGUUUGUAUUCCUUAAAGUAGAUUCUUAGUGCCGGUGCUAGUUUCUUCAACUUCCCUGUCACAACAUAGCCUCUCGUAAUGCGUGCGCCCGCGAGCGCGCGCGGCGCGGGAGUGCGCGGCGCCAGCGUGCCGCGGUGGGGCGACGCGCCCGCGCCGCCCGCCACCGACUACUCCGCGCUUGCGGCUCCGCAGUGUGCGCAGCCGCUGUACCCGUUCGACGAGCAGAUCAACCAGCGGUUUGCUAUAUGGCAAGGUGACAUCACAAGCCUUGAGGUCGACGCGAUCACGAACACCACCGAUGAAACGCUGACAGAAUGCAAUGCGGUCAGCGAGCGGAUCAUGUCAGCUUGCGGCGCCGAAUUGAAAGAAGAGAUUGUGACGAGAGGCCAUGAAUGCCGUACGGGCGAGGUGGUGGUAACUCCCGGCUUCAACCUCCGAUGCCGGCACAUAGUGCACACAGUGAGCCCCUCGUACAACCAGCAGUACCACACCGCGGCCGAGACCACGCUCCACAACUGCUACAAGAACGUGCUGUACUGCGCGGGCGAGCUGCACGCGCGCACGCUAGCGUUGUGCGUCAUCGACACGCCGCGGAGGAACUUCCCGCCGGAUUUAGCUGCGCAUACGGCACUACGUACAAUCCGUCGCUACCUCGAGCAAAACAAGACUCCCCAGCUGGUGAUCCUGGCGUGCGCGUGCGGCCCCGACCUCGCCCUCCUAGCGGCCCUCGCUCCGCUCUACUUCCCGCGCGGCGCGCGCGAGGCCGACGCGGCCAGGAUGAGACUGUCGGAUCCCACGCCCAACGAGCGUCGGAUACGGAUCAUACAUAACCCGCACGAACAUAAUGAGGAUAGCGCGGAGGACGACACGUCGUUCUGCGACGACGACUCGGCCGCGGCCGAGGCGGCCGAGGCGGCGGCGGCCUUCGCGCGCGCCUGCGCGCCCGACACGCAGCGCCUGCUCGCGCCCCCGCCCGCGCGGCGCCGGCUCGACGACCACGACCAGUGA